GAGAGGGUUGGGAGCUUUACCUCCAAAAGGAAAAUUCUGAGGACACUCUAGUCUCGGAACAGUAACUAGAGUGAGCUUCAGAGCCUUCAUUUGUGAUCACGAGAGAGGAGACGUUACUUUGUUGACGAUGAACACCCGUGGGAAUGCAUCGAGUUUGUGACGCUUCGUAAAUGCUGGGGUGCUAUGCUGAAGGGGAAUGAGCCUGGACAGAAUGGCAACGCCUCAGAGUUCCAGACACAGUAGUCGAUCCUCUUCUACUCCGAAGAGGAUCCAUGCCAUCCAGGUGGACUCGGUGCAGCGGUGGAUGGAGGACCUGCGCCACAUGACAGAGGUGGAGUGCAUGUGUGUUCUCCAGUCCAAGCCCAUCGGCGUAGAGGAGGACGCCGGGCAAGGCGAGCUCAUCGUAUCCGGGACCACGGGGGCUGGGGGGGACCACGUCACCCGCAACAACCUGCAGACGCUGUUGAAGCGGGCACUGGUGGUCAGCACGGAGCUGGGCAAGAUGUUCCAGCGGCUGGAGAAGGGCCGGUGGCAGCGCGUGCACAGCACCGCCGUCCGCACCAACUGCCACGUGCGCUCGCUCGUGCAUGAGUACGGUGCCACGCGCACCACCCCAUCUGAGAUGCAGAAGUAUGAGAAGUCUUUGUUGGAGAAGUGCAUGGAGCUGACCACCAUUACUGAGAGGUGCCUCCACACUGAGGAUGAAUACUUCCUCAAGUCCAUGAAGGAAGCCAUUCAUGAGAUCCUCACGGAUGUCAGUGAUUCGUUCAGCCAAAUGAUUGACAUGGCCCUCGCCAAUGAAAUUCAGAUUCUGAUCAGGCAGAUGGAGGCGUCCGAUAAUGUUUACACCAUUGGCAGUGCCAUCAGCAACCUGCUGUCCCUCACACAGGACGGCCCGCAGCUCUGCAGCAUCAUCGCCAAGGAGGGAGCAGUGGUGGUCCUUUUUAAGAUCUGCAGACAGGACUGCUUCAGUAGCCUCUACGCUCAAGCGCUCCGGACAGUAGCCUCCAUCUGCUGUGUGGAAGAAGGCAUCAACCAGCUGGAGAAGGUGGACGGGAUCCUGUGCCUGGCAGACAUCCUAACAGACGAGUCGUGUGCGGAGGCGGCGCGGGCAGAGGCGGCCGCCGUGGUGGCCCAGAUCACCUCCCCCCACCACACCUCCACUCAGCACCUGGCCAGCUUCCUGGAGAGCAUGCAGGACAUCGUCACGGCUCUCAUCAAGCUGUGUGAGAGCGCCUCCUGUGGGGAAGUGUUCCUGCUGGCGUCCGCAGCGUUGGCCAACAUCACCUUCUAUGACAGCAUGGCCUGUGAGAUCCUCCUGCAGCUCAACGCCAUCCAUAUCCUCCUGCAGGCUUGCUGCGACCGCCAGAGGGUGGACACACCUUACUCUAAAGACCAGGUUGUGACCAUACUGGCGAAUCUGUCUGUGCUGGAGCAGUGUGCACCAGAGGUGUUGCAGGAGAAAGGGAUCGAGCGUCUGCUGCUGCUGUUGGGGGAGAAGCCCACGUCGUCCAGCCCGUCCGAGGGGGCAGCGUGUGAGCGCGUGCAGCAGAAGGCCGCCGUCACACUGGCUCGACUCAGCAGAGACCCUGAGGUGGCUCAGACGGCCAUCCAGCUACAGGCCGUCCCUCGUCUCAUUGAGUUGUGCCGUUCUCCAGCUGAGAGGAACAACAGUGACUCAGUGCUGGUAGCCUGCCUGGCUGCACUGAGGCGUUUAGCAGCUGGUUGUCCCGACAGUAUCGAGCCAUCUGACCACCAGCAGCUCAUCAAGCCCAGACUGGUGGACUCCUUCCUACUCUGCUCCAACAUGGAGGAAAGCUUUGUGUGAGAGGCCACUUCAAUGGACUUCACAUUCCCCCUAGUGUCUGCUAUCAGUGUAUUGGGUCUUUGAUCAAAAAGAAAUGUGCUACUAAAACAAGUGUUAUGAUAAUGUAUUAUAACCAUACUUUUACAUGUGGUAUAAGCUGUUCAUUUGUCAUUUUUAUUUAAAAAAAAGAUUAUUAUAAACAUGGCAUGCA